CUGAUUACACUUCUGUUCCUUGUUAUAUCUGUGCAGUGGUUUUCCCAGACCUAGACGUCCUUGCAUUCACAAAAGUACAGUUGCGCGCGCGCUCAGUGCAAACCCGAAAAAAGUCCCAGCACAACAGAACAUUUACAUCUGGUGCAGAGAUCACCAUAUUUUAGCACGGGGGAAAGUAACAUAAUUGGCUUAUCGAUAGGCUUGAUGCAUUUAUUUUGUUAUGCCUUUGACCUACUGCUACAUUAGAAAAUGGCGGAGUCGGAUGGUGGGGAUUUCGCCUCGAAUCGUCCGCAGAACAGUAUGGCUAACCAGAAUAGCACCCUGCGUUGCACGUUCUCAGCCCCAAGCCAUAGCGCCACUCUCCUGCAGGGCUUGUCGGUCCUGCGAGCCCAGGGGCAGCUCCUGGAUGUGGUGCUGGCCAUCAAUGAGGAGCGCUUCCAGGUUCACAAGGCAGUGCUGGCCUCCUGCAGUGACUACUUCAGAGCCAUGUUCACCGGAGGCAUGAGGGAGUCAAACAAGGAUACCAUUGAGCUGAAAGGCUUGUCCGCCCGCGGCCUGAAACAUAUAAUUGACUUUGCUUACAGCGCAGACGUCACACUUGACCUGGACUGCAUUCAGGAUGUACUGGGAGCAGCUGUCUUUCUCCAGAUGGUCCCAGUCGUGGAGCUCUGCGAGGAGUUCCUCAAGUCAGCCAUGAGCGUAGAGACCUGCCUGAACAUUGGCCAGAUGGCCACCACCUUCAACCUGUCCUCCCUCAAGGAGUCUGUGGACACCUUUACCUUCCGCCACUUCCUGCAGAUCGCUGAGGAGGAGGACUUCCUGCACAUUCCCAUGGAGCGCCUGGUCUUCUUCCUGCAGAGCAACAAGCUGAAGAACUGCAGCGAGAUCGACCUGUUCCACGCUGCCAUCCGCUGGCUGCAGCACGACGAGGCCCGCCGGGCCGGAGCCGACAAAGUGCUCUGCCACGUACGAUUCCCCCUCAUGCGCUCCUCGGAGCUGGUGGACAGCGUGCAGACGGUGGACAUCAUGGUAGAGGACGUGCUGUGCAGGCAGUACCUCCUGGAGGCCUUCAACUUCCAGAUCCUCCCCUUUCGUCAGCACGAGAUGCAGUCCCCUCGGACUGUGAUCCGCUCCGAAGUAGUUUCGCUCAUUACCUUUGGUGGGACACCCUACACUGACAAUGAUCGCACUGUGAGCAGUAAGGUGUUCUAUCUUCCAGACAUUGCCGCGCGUCAGUUCAAGGAACUAACGGAGGCGGAGACAGGUUCCAGCCACGCCUGUGUAUCGGUGCUGGACAACUUUGUUUACGUAGUAGGCGGGCAGCACCUGCAGUACCGCAGCGGCGAAGGGGCGGUAAACGUCUGCUUCCGUUAUGACCCGCACCUGAGCCAAUGGCUGCGCAUCCAGCCGAUGCAGGAGGUGCGCAUUCAGUUCCAGCUCAACGUUCUUCAAGGACAACUCUAUGCCACUGGGGGGCGCAACCGAUCUGGAAGUCUGUCGUCCGUAGAGUGCUACUGUCCCAGGAAAAAUGAGUGGACCUACGUGGAACCACUGAAACGCAGAAUCUGGGGCCAUGCAGGAACUCCCUGUGGUGACAAGCUCUACAUCUCAGGGGGUUACGGUGUCUCGGUGGACGAUAAGAAAGCCCUGCACUGUUAUGAUCCCACAUCUGACCAAUGGGACUUCAAAUCGCCCAUGAACGAGCCCAGAGUGCUUCAUGCUAUGAUCAGCGCCAAAGACCGUGUUUACUGCCUGGGCGGUCGCAUGGACCACGUGGACCGCUGCUUUGACGUCCUGGUGGUUGAGUAUUAUAUUCCAGAGAAUGACCAGUGGACCACUGUUAGCCCCAUGCGGGCAGGGCAAUCUGAGGCAGGCUGCUGCUUGUUGGACAAAAAGAUCUAUAUCGUUGGAGGGUACAAUUGGCAUCUAAACAAUGUCACAAGCAUCGUGCAAGUGUACAACACAGAGGCUGAUGAGUGGGAGAGGGACUUGCACUUUCCUGAGUCUUUUGCAGGAAUUGCGUGUACGCCGAUCAUACUUCCACAAACCACCACGCAACGGUAAUCCCUCCGCCCAAAGUGACUGUGACAAUUUGAUUCCAUGGGCGAUUCCUCACAAAACUGAAAACAAAAAAAAUACCAUGAUUUGGGGGAUUUUCAGUCAAUUUAAUCCACAGAAGGGUCCUUUGGAAGAAGGAUGGAUGACACAUACAGUGCCUUCAGAAAGUAUUCACACCCCUUGACUUUUUCCACAACUUGUUGUGUUACAGCCUGAAUUUAAAAUUGAUUAAAUUUGGAUUUUGUGUCACUGGCCUACACACAAUACCCUAUAAUGUUAAAGUGGAAUUAUGUUGUUUUUUUUUCAUUUUUACAAAUGAACAAAAACCUGAAAUGUCUUGAGUCAAUAAGUAUUCAACCCCUUUGCUAUGACAAGCCUAAAUAAUUUCAGUAGUAAAUUUGCUUAACAAGUCACAUAAUAAGUUGCAUGUACUUAUGUGUGCGAUAACAGUGUUUAUCAUGAUUUUCGAAUGACUACUUCAUCUCUGUACCCCACACAUACAAUUAUCCAUAAGGUUCUUCAGUCGAGCAGUGAAUUUCAAACAAGAGAUUCAACCACAAAUACCAGGGAGGUUUUCCAAUGCCUUGCAAAGAAGGGCACCUAUUGGUAGAUGGAUUUUAAAAAAUGCAGACAUUGAAUAUCCCUUUGAGCAUGGUCAAGUUAUUAAUUCAAUUUUGGAUGGUGUAUUAAUACACCCAGUCACUACAAAGAUACAGGGGUCCUUCGUAACUCAGUUGCUGGAGAGGAAGGGGUUUCACCAUGAGGCCAAUGGUGACUUUAAAACAGUUACAGAGUUUAAUGGAGAAAACUGAGGAUGGAUCAACAACAUUGUAGUUACUCCAUAAUACUAACCUAAAUGACAGAGUGAGAAGAAGGAAGUCUGCACAGACUAAAAAUAUUUCAAAACAUAGAUCCUGUUUGCAAUAAGGCACUAAAGUAAAACUGCCCUAAACAAUUGGCAAAUAAAUUAACUUUAUGUCUUGAAUACAAGACAAUAUUGAAUGUUCCUGAGUGGCCUAGUUACAGUUUUGACUUAAAUUGACUUGAAAAUAUAUGGCAAGAGUUGAAAAUAGCUGUCUAACAAUGGUCAACAACCAACUUGACAGCUAGAAGAAGAAAAAUAAUCAUGUUCAAAUGUUUUACAAUCCAGGUGUGCAAAGCUCUUAGAGACUUACCCAGAAAGACUCACAGCUGUAAUCAAGGUGAUUCUAACAUGUAUUGACUCAGGGGUGUGAAUACUUAAGUAUAUUUGAUAUUUCAUUUUCAAUAAAUGUGAAAAAAAA